AUGACGACGGUGCGUAUCUUUUCAUGUCAACUGGAAGAAGAACCAGCUUUUCCGGCUGGGACUAAUACGUACACCUCCUGGAAUUUACUUCCGUCUCUGGCUUCCUCGCGGUUAUUCUCUGCCGCCCGUUUGACGUGUGGUUUGACAAGUCUGGCCCCCCGAUGGCUACUGGCAUCCGCCACGACGGUCUACUGCGCGUCGUUUCUUGGCGUUGCCUUCAGCAGCCAGUACUGGCGGUUUCCUUUCUUUGCUUCUUCUCCACUGCCGGAGCUAGAGCCGGUAUGCUCACCAAUAGCCAUCGGCGAGCUGAUCUGGCGCACCUAA